AUGCAACCCUCAAAGACAAAAGAUCAGUUCCACUGCCAGGUUUGGUUGAGCCCAAACAAUGUGACGAUAACCAUCAGGGACCUCAAUGUGUCCGACACAGACCGGUACAUUUGCAAUGUCUUAAAAACGUACCCACCACCUUUUCGCAAAUUCACCGGACAAUGGGUUCUCAUCUACGUCAACCAGGAAGUCACCAGCUGUCCUCCAGAGGAAGAGAAUGGCUACUGGUUGCUGCUAACUGUGAUUCUCACCACCCUUGCUAUGCUGCUCUUCCUAUAUGGCUUAUCCAUUACAGUGGUGUACUGCAAGUACAAGAUGAAUAAUGACAGGAUUUACAUGAACGUAAGAAAUUAAAAAGAUUGAAAAGUAAGAAGUCCAGGACAUCCAUUCCUUCCGAGUCCGAGGGACAAUUCUCUUCUCCACUAUUACUUCUCUGCCCCUCUGUUUAACCGCUGGCUGAAACGUCAGGAAUUCUCAUGAUGAAUAGUCAUGUCAACAUGUGUAAAAAAACUGGGUCACUUAACCAGAUGAUGUAUUUUCAACUGUGAAAUGCGCCUUUGAACCCUGAGAGCCAAUACAGACAACAGGAGUGGGUUUAUGGCAUCAAUUCAAAGAAUUUGACACUUAAAGCAUGAGGCA